ACGAGCUCGUGGAAUUCGGGGUUCAACCACUGCUCUGUUGGAGAUAGAGAAGUGGCUGAACUCCGGGACAGGUGGAUGGAAUUUCAAGGGAUUAAGAAUUGGGAAGGCUUGCUUGAUCCACUUGAUGAUGAUCUUCGUAAGGAGAUCUUGAGGUAUGGGAAAUUCGUUGAAGCAGCCUAUCGUUGCUUUGACUUUGACAUGUCCUCACCUACAUACGCCACAUGUCUUUAUCCUAAGAGUUCAAUGUUGACAGACUGCGGAUUAGACAAGACCGGUUACAAGGUGGUCAAGAACUUGUACGGCACGUGCGUGGUCCAAAUGCCACGAUGGACUAAAAAGACGUUCCCGAACCUAGCGUCUCCGCAAUCUAGCUGGAUUGGUUACAUGGCCGUUUGCGACGACGAAAAAGAGAUCGCAAGGCUCGGGCGCCGCGAUGUGGUGAUCGCUUAUCGAGGUACCGCCACCUCAUCCGAAUGGCUCGAGAAUUUUCGCGCCACGUUGACUUGCUUACCAAACGACAUGAUGACGUCUGACAAAAAAUAUGAUCAACCCAUGGUACAAAGUGGACUCUUGAGCUUAUACACAACAAACACCCAAUGUGACCAAAGUUUGCAAGACACAAUUAGAGAAGAAAUUGGCAAGAUUGUUGAUAAAUAUAGUGAUGAACCAUUAAGUAUAACUAUCACAGGACAUAGUCUUGGUGCUGCCCUUGCAACAUUAACAGCGUAUGAUAUUACUACAAAAUUUAGUAACGCACCCAUUGUGAGUGUUGUAUCAUUUGGAGGGCCUAGAGUUGGAAACAAAAGUUUUCGAUGCCAAUUAGAGAAAAGUAGUACAAAUAUUCUCCGAAUCGUCAACUCCGAUGACCCCGUUACAAAAGUUCCGGGGUUCGUCAUCCACGACGAUAUUGAUGAUGUGGCAGAAAGAGAGACUACCCGCGUGGCGUCCACGAGGAUGCGAAGCUGGCUACAAAAAUGCAUGGAGGAUACCCAAUGGGUGUAUGCUGAGGUAGGCAAAGAACUUAGAUUAAGUAGCAAAGACUUAUGUCCACAAAUAAUAAACAAAGGGAACGUUGCCACGUGUCACGAUCUCAAGACAUAUCUACACUUGGUAGACAAUUUGUAA